UAUACCCCCAUCCCUCUCUCUCUCACUCCCACUCACUGUGUGUAGGGUUUUAGCAGAACCAACCCAAUUGACCAUUUCUACAAAAUCACUGUCACAUAGAAACACAACAAUGGCGUCAAAAACCCUAGUCCGAACCGGAGCGUCUCUGGUGAACCGGUUUUUGUCGAACCCGUUUCUUCGGCAGAGUCCGAGCCCGAAUACGAAUCAGCGGAUCGUGUCUCAGGGCCUCGAUGUCACUCCGAAGCUAUUCCCAUCGCUCUCCAAGUUCGAAAACUCACUCCACUUGCCUCAGUACCAAAACGACGCCGAAUCGAUCCGAAAGGUCGCCUCCGAAGGCUUCGUAUACCCCUCUGGCCUCCCUUCUCUCAGCUUCUACUUGCCAGAAGGAGAUGUUUCUUCUUCAAACGAGCCAAUGAUUUUAUUUCCUAAACGGACUUUCCAACCUAGCACUAUCCGGCGUAAGAGGAACCAUGGAUUCUUUGCUCGCAAGGCAACCAAGGGUGGGAGGAGGGUCAUUGCUCGAAGAAUAGCGAAGGGCCGGUUUAGAAUUACAGCUUAGAAUCCUUGCCUUUGGUUUGGUUUGGUUUGAAUCAAGCCAAGUCUGAGGCUUGCCGGACUUCAUGAUUAGACUCUGAAUUGGAACGAAUCUUUGCCUUUUGUGGUGGGUUAGUGUGUCCUUAAGGUCUAGAAGGCCUUUGAAUACAAAUCGUAUGAUCUCAUUUCUUCUGUGGAACUUGAAAUGUAAAACUUCAGAUUCUGUUAUUCUCCAUAUAUAACUCCAAGAAUCUUCUUGUUUGUUACUCAAGUCUUGAUUAUGCUAAAGUUUGUAGUUUCAAUGCCUGUAAAGUUCAGUUUUGUUAUAUGUGAUUUUGUUUAACCUA